GGGGGGUGGCGGGGAAAUCGGGUUGCCCCGGCCGUUACUGGUCCGCGCUGUCAGGGCAUCCUCCACAUCCUUCCAUGGCUCUGAAGAAUAAAUUCAGUUGUUUAUGGACCUUGGGUCUGUGUUUGGUAGCCAGUACAUCUUCCAAAAUCCCAUCCAUCACUGACCCACACUUUAUAAACAACUGCCUCGAAGGCCACAACGAAUGGCGUGGCAAAGUCAACCCUCCCGCGGCCGACAUGAAAUACAUGAUUUGGGAUAAAGGUUUAGCAAAGAUGGCUAAAGCAUGGGCAAAUGAGUGCAAGUUUGAACAUAACAACUGUUUGGAUAAAUCAUAUAAAUGCUAUGCAGCUUUUGAAUAUGUUGGAGAAAAUAUCUGGUUAGGUGGAAUAAAGUCAUUCACACCAAGACUUGCCAUUACGGCUUGGUAUAAUGAAACCCAAUUUUAUGAUUUUGAUAGUCUAUCAUGUUCCAGAGUCUGUGGCCAUUAUACACAGUUAGUUUGGGCCAAUUCAUUUUAUGUCGGUUGUGCAGUUGCAAUGUGUCCUGACCUUGGGGGAGCUUCAACUGCAAUAUUUGUUUGCAACUAUGGACCUGCAGGAAAUUUUGCAAAUAUGCCUCCUUACACUAAAGGAGAAUCUUGCUCUCUCUGCUCGAAAGAAGAGAAAUGUGUAAAGAACCUCUGCAGGACUCCACAACUUAUUAUACCUAAUCAAAAUCCAUUUCUGCAGCCAAUGGGGAGAGCACCUCAGCAGAUAGCCUUUAAUCCAUUCAGCCUAGGUUUUCUUCUUCUGAGAAUCUUUUAAUGUCAUUUAUAUACAAAAGAAAUUAUCAAAUGUUAAAAUAAAGGAAUAGUUUAUUGCUUAAUAUAACUUAUCAUCAGUUUGAUUCUUUAUUGAAUCUUCUACACUCUUUCCUGAUACCUAAAUUUAAUGUUUGUUUUUAACUCAGAAAAUGUAUUGUAGUAUGGAAAAUGGAUAGCAGUAGAAUAAAGUCUUAAGAUUAUUAAUUACAAAUCCAUAUGUAUAACAAAAGUGUUCCACUCUUUAAUUUCCUAAUGAGAAUGGAUUUCCAUUUUAGUUAUAGUACAUUUAGAGAACCAAAGUAAUUUCAGAUAUUAGAUAGUUUCCUUAUAUACCAGCAGUUUCCUUUAUGAAUACCAUCAACAUCAUUCAGAAACAAAAUG